CGUGUGUGGAAUAACUGUUCACUCGUAGAUUUCGUGCUGUUGGGAGUGCUUCAAACUGCGACUGCUCCUGAAUUUUUUCUCUAAAGUGUUGUUGUUUGGGUGAAAAAGUCAAUUUCCCGUCUGUGUUCUCGAAAUCUUCCAUCAGGCAGACACUCCAGGAUGUCCCAAUUCUUUUCUGACCACUCAAAAGUGAGCCUGGGCGUCGCAAUUGGAGUGGGAGUUGUAGCUGUAACUGCUGCUGGAUACUUCUACAAGAAGAAACUGGACAACUCCCCGCCAAAGAGAUGGAGGCGAGUUGGAGAGCUGUCGGAUUUGAUUGUCUAUCCCAUUAAAUCCUGUGGGCCAAUCCGAGCUAGUGAGCUCAAGUGCACAGUGCUGGGAGUUGAGGAGGGUCAUCUGAGGGAUCGUGUUUUCAUGAUCAUCACCCCAGAGGGGCAAUUUAUCACUGCCAGGACUCAUCCAAAGUGCGUGCAGAUUCAACCGAGAUUUGAGGGAGAUAAGAUGAUCCUGUCAGCUCCUGGGAUGCUGGACAUCGAUGUAGAUGUGAAGAGACUGUAUGAGCAGAAACCCAUGAGGGCAGUGGUUUGGGGAGAGGCAGUAGAUGCUGUGGAGUGUGGUGAGGAGGUGGCCAGAUGGAUCUCGCGUUUCCUCCUCAGUGAGGACAUUGGGAUGCGUCUGGUCUUCUAUCCUGCCUCAUUCCCCACCCGUGAAGUCCGGGAGAAGAACCGAGGCUUCCCGGAUCUCACGAGAGUGGACUCUGGAGCCCUCCACGAUGCCACGAGUUUCAUGAUGAUCAAUGAAGCCUCCGUGGCUGAACUCAACACUCGCCUCAAGGAUUCAGUCACUCCACUGCAAUUCAGACCCAAUUUCCUGGUCAAAGGACCCACGACGGCCUUCGAAGAGGACUCAUGGAAAUGGGUAAAAGUUGGGGAUGUCAUCUUCAGGAAUGUCAAGCUUUGUGGAAGAUGCAUCUUCACGAAUAUUAAUCCAGAAACUGGACUCAGACAUCCCGAUGGACAACCCCUGAAAACCCUCAAGUCCUAUCGGGUUGUUCCAAAUGCUGGAGAAUCCCCAAUUUUGGGCAUUCACUUGGGUGUUCGCAUUCCAGGAAAGGUAUCUAUGGGAGAUGCUGUCUACGUGGGAGAAAAGUAACUUCCGGAACCCCUGAAAGUCUCCUCUUUUGAUACAGAAAUAUCCCCUCUAGAUUGCUUUAGAAUUGCGCACAAUAAAAGACGCCUUCAGAUAA